GGCGCGCUCAGUGCAAACAUCUGCCCUCUGAUGAUCUACAGCAGACUUCAGCUCCCCGGCGCACUCACUCUUCUCGCAUCAAAAAUCGGAUCAGGGAGACAUGACCCUCCGUUAUAUCGCGCUCUUGAUCGCGGGACUGAGCGUCCUCACGUGCAAAACAUGGGCCAUGGUGGAUGUGAACAUGGAAGACCGGGUGGAAGUAUCUUUAAAAGGCCAGGCUGAAAUCUCCUGUAUCUACACUCUGAAGGAACCAGCCAAGAUGAUAGUCUGGUUUACGAAAUCGCCAGGCAGGGACCAAAGCAGGAAAAGAGUCUACUACUAUGAUACUCUACAGAAAGAGAUCAUUGACGAGGGCAGUGAAUACGCUGGACGGAUCAACUUCACACACUCUCAUGAACCACAGAACUCACGCGGAAGUGCCCUUCUGAUCAUCAACAACGUGCAACUAAGUGACCAGAAGGAGUACAUCUGCACCGUGCAUGAUGUGUCGACAGACAGCGGUGAAGGACACACUCUUCUCCAAAUAUUCAACUCGCCGUCUCUACCUGUGAUUGAAGGUACACACACAGGGAUUUCUGUUACUGCGGAGGAGCCAUCAAAGGUUGCACACUGCAAAGUGGAUGAUGGAUAUCCCAGACCCAACAUCACAUGGUAUAAGGACAGAUUCCCUCUCCAACAAUCAAAUAAUGAGGUAAAGAUCUCGGAGUCAGAGACAACCAAAGCUAACGGCCUGUUCACAGUCGAGAGUGAUCUGUACAUUAAGCCUCAGAGGACAGAUGAAGAUGCCCUUUUCUACUGUGAGGUCAAAUACUUUGUCCCCGGUGAAGUACGAAUGACAGAGUCCAAGAAAAUCAACAUCACAGUCCACUACCCUACGACAAAAGUAACAGUGUACGUAAAUCCACGUAAUGGUCUUAUAAAAGAAGGCGACACUGUGGAGAUCCGAUGUGAGGGAAAUGGAAACCCUCAGCCGGUUUUUAGUUUCACACAUAACGAGGAAGAGUUGAGUGCAGAUAAUGAAAUGCUGCUUUUGGAAAAUGUCAAGCGGUCACACAGUGGGACGUAUGUGUGUCAGUCAAUUGACUUUGGCGAAGGCAUUUAUGCUGAGGACUCCGUCAAUAUUACGGUGCACUAUCUGGAUCAAAUUGUGGUGACACCAGAGGAGACCGUUCUGAACCAGGGGGAUGAUCUCCCCUUAACCUGCAACGCUUUGUCUUCUUUACCCACACAGACAUCAUGGUUUAAGGAUGGCACGUGGCUGGGUAAGGGGCAUGUUUUGGUGUUACACAAUGCCUCCUAUGACACUGCUGGAUUGUAUGUGUGUCAAGUGACUGUCUCUAGCCUGCAUGAGCUACAAAAACAAAAUUCUGUGCAAAUCAGUGUGCGAGGGAAGCCUAAGUUCACAAAGGAGAUAGAAGUGGGUCCAGUGAAUAAGGCUGACCGCUCUGUUAACCUGACCUGCUAUGCAGAAGGCUUCCCAUUCCCCAACAUCACCUGGACCCUCUCUGACCAACGGACUGGGCAGCCUGUCCCUGUGCCGGAAGCGGAGAACCAGAUGACGGAUACUGGUGUUAUCAGCAUGAUCUCUGUGAGAGCCAUGUCUGAACUCACAGCCAAGUGCAGCGCUGCCAAUGAGCUGGGGACAGAGGAAGUUUCUCGCAAGAUUCAAGCAUCUGCACGUGCGACAACAACUACAACCCAAGCCACGAGCCCAAAAGGAACAGAAUUACCCGUUCCAUCAAAUCAACCACGAACAGGAGGUGGAAGUGGAGUCAUCAUAGCCGUCCUCAUCAUCUGCCUCCUCCUCAUAGCCAUACUGGGCAGUGUGCUCUACUUCCUGUACAAGAAAGGAAAGCUGCCCUGUGGACGGUCGGGAAAGCAGGAUUUCACCAAGCAAAAGGCCAGUAAGGAUGAUAUUGUGAUGGAGAUGAAAAGCGGGAAAUCUGAAGAGGCAGUGCUUCUACAAGGAGUCAAUGGAGACAAAAAGUCCCCCACCGAAUAGGUCAUUACUUCAGAACAAUGAUUCCCGUUAUAUUACACAAGACCCAAGAUUUGUAAGGCCGUGCCAUGGAAACCUGAUGAUAUUUUCUUUCAAUUAGAGUCAAAGACUGAAAACUACAUGCAUAUGUGGAGAGACCACUGUCCUACAGAGCUCCUUCUCAGGGUGAAUCCCAAUCUGAGCGCUCAAAGACCUCACAACACAUCCACAUCUUCCCCUCUACUCGAAUUCCCACUCAGUUCUGCUUUUUUCUGCCCAUGUUUCAUGUUUGAACUGCUAUAAUCUGAUUCAAUAUACAGCAAGAUGAUCCAAAAAGCACCAAGUUCAUUAUGGAUGACUCCACUCUAGUAUUUACAAAUUGUAUAUAAAUAUGACAUACUGUAUAUAUUUAGCUAUUUAAAAUGCCUGAGACAUUGGAAAGGUUGCGCUUGAGUCUCUUUGUUGAGGGGCAUUUGAAGAGUCAUUAUUUGCUGUGCUGUCGAUGUGUCUGAUCUGAACCUGCUCUCAGCUCUGCCGCACCAUAGUCCAUGCACUGAGCCGUCUUUACCACUGUAAACCUUCAUCUGUCCUCUGGAUCAGCUCUGAAACUGCCCAAUGAUAAAGCUUGAGGGUAAUUUCUCGAAAUAAAUUGUCAGUGAAAGUCUCUGACAUGGUUGACCUUUUUUCCAAAUAUGUAAGCAUAAUGUUGGGUUCAUGCCAUGCCUCUGGUUUUAUUUUUUUUGUAAUAAUUUUAUUAGCUGUAUCAAAUUAAGUUCAUGUUCACUGCAAGGGCUGAGGAAGCGAAUUACAUUAAUGUCAGUUUGAGCUUAAAAUGUCCCUCUGGCCUGAGAAAAAAGGAAGUGUCCUGUUGAGCUCAUUGUAUUCUUUUUUAAAUGCCGUUACCUGCUGUCCUCAUCUUGCACUGAAUGUAAAUAAAGAAAUACAUGACCAACCCUCCCAUUUUUAAAUUUAUAGGAAAUAUUAAAAUGCAUGUGGAAGACUGCAUUCAUUUAUCAUAUUGGCGGGAGAGCAUAACAGGAAAAAAUGCAGGUGUGAUUUUUAUACUUAAGACUUUUUUUUUUAAAACAAAAUAUAUUUUAUUAAAAAAAAAAACAAUCCAUAUUUUGGAGGUUUAUAAGUUGUAUCUUAAAUCUAUGCAGUAUGUACCCUGUACUAUAUGCAAAUCAGACCCACAGAUGGAUACAAAAGUCCUUAUUACACUUAAGUUCACCUCUUUCAUUUCCUCUGGUUUGUCACACCGUUUUUGUUUUGUGUCAGUGGUAUUUUUGUUAAUGCUUGUUUUUGAAUUAUCUUGGUAUUUCUAUUAAAAAGUGCUGGCUUACUCGA